GGGAGUCUGUCGCUCUUGCUGUAGUAAUCGUAGAAUCACUCUAUAUAAAAGGAUUAAUAUUCGAAGUGGAUCUUGUUGAAAUGCUAAAGAGCAUUGGUGCUAAAGUUAUUCAUAAAGGCUUUACUCCUAGCGCAAUAGAUGCGGUACUAGAGAUAGCAGAACCACCAGAACUAUCAGAACUAUUGGAUCCAUUGGAACAACUACCUACAUAUCCUAUCAUUGUGACAGAUGUAGACCAAUUGCCCAAAUAUUUGAUCAAUACAGUUCUUGAUAG